AUGUUCAGGUUGUUCAGUGUCUCCCUUGUUGCGCUGGCUGCUGUUAGUGCAGUUCAACGCGUGUGCGGCCAAGGCUCGGGCACGAACGCGUCGACCUUGUCCGCGGUCGUGACCGCACAAGACGAAUAUACGACUCUCACACACCCCAGUUUCCGUCGUCAUCAGGUACGCGUGAAGAAGACAGAUUUCUGCGACCCUACUGUGAACGUAUACACCGGCUACCUUGACGUAGACGAUGGCGCCAAGCAUAUGUUCUUCUACUUCUUCGAGAGUCGCAGAGACCCUGAUAAAGACGACGUUAUGAUGUGGAUUAACGGAGGUCCUGGAUGUUCCUCUGCUACGGGCCUACUCAUGGAGCUGGGUCCUUGCAAUAUCGACAUGAAGAAUGUGUCGGCGAAUGGCACCGUUUGGAAUCCAUAUUCCUGGAACAACGAGGCAAACAUUUUCUUUCUGGAUCAGCCAGUUGGCGUUGGCUACUCCUAUGCUGAUUACGGCGAAAGCGUCGAGACAACCGAAGACGCUGCAAAGAACGUCCAUGCCUUCAUCAGCAUAUUCUUUGAAACCUUCAAAGAAUUUGCAGGGCGACCGCUCCAUUUGUCUGGAGAGUCUUAUGGUGGACGAUACCUUCCUGCCUUUGCUAGUUAUAUCUAUGACCAGAACCAACUUGCGAAAGCCAAGGGCCUUUCGACAAUCAAUAUGAAGAGUGUCCUCAUUGGAAACGGAAUUACAGACGUGUCUACUAUAUAUGAUGGCCGUUACGAAAUCGAAUGCGGUACGGCUGCUCUCGAAGUCCCUUUCCAGAAGAUCAGCACCUGUGUUCAAAUGAAAAUUGCCCUUCGUCGUUGCAAUGCCGCCAUGUAUAACGGCUGCAUUGACCAGCUGGACGAGAUCAAUUGUCGCGCAGCUGUGAACUUCUGCGACUCAUUCCUCAGUACUGGCUAUUGGGAAAGCGGAAGAAACGUGUACGACGUCUCCAAGAUGUGCCUUGGAAACUCGCUGUGCUAUCUGGAGAACUCGGCCAUUGCCUCCUUCCUGGAUCGCCACGAUGUCCGAAAACUUUUGGGUGCUGAGUCGCCAGGCAACUUCACAUCAUGCAGCCCCGAAGUUGGCAUGCGCUUCCUCGCACGCUUGGACAAAUGGGCGGUUCCUUCUCAACAUUACGUCGCAGGCCUCCUGGAACGCAGUAUCCGCAUGCUGAUUUAUGCGGGCACGUAUGAUUGGCAAUGCAACUGGGUCGCCAACAAGCUCUGGGUAGAUAAGCUAGAGUGGACGGGCAAGGAUGCCUACGACAUAGCGGGAUGGCGUGAUUGGCUCGUCGAUGGACAUAAGGCGGGCGAGACGAAGGCUGCUGGGCCAUUAACGUUCGCAACCGUGAGGGAAGCAGGACAUAUGGUUCCUCACGAUAAGCCAGCAGAGUCUUUUGCAAUGGUCUCUAGAUGGCUGGCAGGUGAGGAUUUUUGAGACGCAUAACGAGAGUGGCUGUUCUAUCAGUCCCUCGAAGAUUUGUGUAAUUAUUCGAUGUGAUGUGAUGUGGCGGAGUUGUCGAAGAUGUGUACUCGUGGCAAAAG